AUGGGCAAGAAUCCAGAGAUCAGAAAGCCCAAGCCCAAGCCGCCGCGCAGUCGAGAAUCAAAUUUCUCCUAUGAAGACGACGGCUGUGUGGCGACUGCCAUCCAAGAGAGCAAUACCGCAUCGAACGACCAGGACUUCGAUGACCCACUCAUGCGACCAGGCCCUGUUCCCCUAUAUCCUUAUGGCCUCGGCUUCAUGGAUGUAGGGGACUUCCAGGUAGUGUGCCUCGACGUCUACACCGUCGUCUACUCUGUCAACCAGGAUGAUGGUGUGCUGCGAGUCUGGUUGAAUAAGAUUGCAAAGGCGGGCGGAGAAAUGGAGCUCGAACCUCCAGGUCAUAGGUACAGCGUUGGUGAGGCCGCAAACGUCAAAUUCGCCGCACUGCGAUUGCGGAUGCUUGACGAGACCCCUGCGUCGGCUGGUCUGGAGAUAGAUACGGUCGUCGUGUCGCAAGACGAUGCCGUUGGUCGACUGGUCGUGGCUGUGCUAGUGAGGUCUUUGGAUACGAACGAGGCACUGGCCGAUACGCAGCGCGAAAGGGGCGUGGAGGGACUCUGGUGGGAUGAGUAUGCGGUCAAAGAGGGCGCUGGUAUCAUGGAAGGCGAAAUUGGCGACGAGGAGUUGAAAAGACAGGUUUUGAGGGGGUUUGAUGUAUUGAAGGAGAUUCGGUUUCCGCCUAUAGACAGGAGCCGACGUGGAUUGGUCGAUGGAUAG